AUGGGCAAUUUUAUAAAACCAUUAUUCGCUCUCUCGCCACCAAGAAUACUUCUUCUAGGUCUUGAUGGCGCUGGUAAAACAAGCAUUCUCUAUAAACUUCAAAUUAAUCAAACAAUACAGACGAUUCCAACUAUUGGUUUCAAUGUAGAAGAGUUGGAUUACAACGGAACUAAAUUGUGUAUGUGGGAUUUAGGUGGACAAAAACAAGUGAGAACACUUUGGAAACAUUACUUUUCCAAAUCACAAGCUCUUGUCUUUGUUGUAGAUUCUGCGGAUAGUGACAGAAUGGAAGAAUGUAAAGAAGAAUUAUUUUCCGUAAUUAAUGAUCCCUUGUUGGCCAAAGCUAAAAUUCUGAUAUUUGCCAACAAACAAGAUCUGGAUGAAGCAAACAAGUCCAGAGAAAAAUUGGAAUCGUUUUUGGGAUUGAAGGAAAUUAAACAAGUGUGGAAUUUGCAAUUGUGUAGUGCUGUGAGUGGUGAUGGAUUGAAGGAAGGUCUGGAUUGGCUUUCAAAGAAUCUCUAA